AACCAUCGGUAGUCACUACUCAGAACAUUUCCAGCAGAAGUGUAUGUCAGAAGUUUUGGGCGAACUCUAUUAGCUGCCUCAACCAGCUCACUGAUCCCACCGACCGCGAGACCUUCGACCGUUUGGGGCUUUUAGCGACUCGGACAACACGAUGGCGUCGGUCCCGGCAUUUCUGUGUGCGCUGUCCGUGAUCGUGGCUCUCGUCUCGGACAGCUUUGUGGCGCUGGCUGCCUUCUCUCAGUCCAUGGACAGCGACUUCACGUUCACGCUGCCCGCUGGUCGAAAGGAAUGUUUCUACCAGACCAUGAAGAGAGACGCCUCACUGGAGAUUGAAUAUCAGGUAUUAGAUGGUGCAGGUCUUGAUGUGGAUUUCUACAUCUCCUCUCCAUCUGGCCAACUGCUGUUCAGUGACUAUCGCAAAUCCGAUGGAGUGCACACGGUCGAAACCGAAGAUGGAGACUACAUGUUCUGCUUUGACAACACAUUCAGUACGGUCUCUGAGAAGCUGAUCUUCUUCGAGCUGAUCCUAGACAACAUGGACCAAGAUGAGGAGCCAGAUGACUGGAAGGAGUACGUCCAUGGGACAGACAUGCUGGACAUGAAGCUGGAAGACAUCAUGGACACCAUCAACGGUGUGAAGUCUCGGCUAGGGAAAAGCGUACAGAUCCAGACACUGCUGCGCGCAUUUGAGGCCCGCGAUCGAAACCUCCAGGAGAGUAACUUUGACCGGGUGAACUUUUGGUCCACGCUCAAUCUCGUUGUCAUGGUGCUGGUAUCGGGGCUUCAGGUCUUCCUGCUCCGCUCGCUGUUUGAUGAUAAAAGGAAAGUUCGUACAUAACACUGGCCCACGUGCACGGACAGAGAAAACGAACACACUUCCCUGCAGACACCUUUGGGAUAUUUUUCUCCACCUUGUGACUCUCAACAAAAACACACAGACAUUUUGACAUUUAUGAUAACAAAUGUGCCACGACUGUUUCUUUGGUCUUCAGUCCUGUGGAGUUUAUGGGACAACAGGAGUUCCUGCUUGGGAACAGGAAGUUUUACAGCCCACUCUGCUUUGAAACCUCAGGCUUUUGACUACAGGAUGAAAAUUGCUUUGUUUUCUAGUCCCACUAGCUGCUCUUUGUCUACGAAGAAAGUGGUAGAAGUAGCAUGUUUAUGAUGUGAGUAUUUUUUUAACAGAGCCUUGUGCCCCAAUGCUAAGAUGUCCUCUUUAAUAACGGAUAUGAUUUUUUUAUUUAAGCUGUAUGAAGAAAUAGUUAUAACUCUGAACUAUUAGAUCUAUUUCUACUGAACAGCAGAGAAAAACAGCAUGUCCCCCCAUAUGUUACGUUCAUCUGCUUGUUUCCAAAAUGUCUAAACUAGGAUACCUUUGUUGUUUUCUAUUUAGUCUGUGAGGCCUCUGAGAUGUUUUCCAUUUUGUGAACAUUUGUCUUAUUAAUGAAUAAAUCUGUUACUGUUUUACUUUUAUGCCAGUACUGAAAUGUUGUUUUUGGGCCGCAUCGCUUUAUUUAUUAAUGGAAAUGGAAGCAGGCAAUGUCCAAACCUCUACCCCACUGUAGAACGUCUGCCCUACUUCACGCUGCCGUGACCUGGGAGCUUGUAGCAUGCAUGCUCCACUUCUUCACUACUGUGGAGCCUCAGCUGCUGGCAGGUAUCUGCUUACAGGCAUCUUCUGUGUGAGCCUGCUUUUCUCUGUGCAGGCAAGAGUCUAUUUCUAUCUUCUGACACCUAGAAGGUUAUUACCACUAACAUGUGGGUGCACUGCUCAGUUUAAUAUGACUAAGACUUCCACUGCCUUGGUAACAUCAUCUGUCUUGUAUUAAAACUAAACUGAUGAUAACACUGCCUUUGGUGUCAUAGAAUAAGUUAUUUCUUUAUUUUUCAUGCUUUGUUUUCAUUUUGUACUUUAAUUUAAAGGGUUUAUUGGGGCCCACAAACAGGUCACAGGUUUUUAUCUCGUUUAUUUGACAAUGUGUUAUGGUGACUUGUGAUUGGAGCUGAAAGUGUUUUUUUUUUCUUUGUGUUUACUGAUCUCCACAGACGGAACCUUGUCACUCACCUCCUUGCUGAAGUUAAACUUUGAAGAGUGAAACUGAUUUAAUUUGAUGGCCAUGCUGUAGGUAUAUAUGUCUCAUGUCUCUGAGUUUGGUGUAUAUCUGCUAUACUAUGCACAACAUCUGAUUCCAGGAAAUGUUCGUCCUUUAUGUCUUUGUCACUGCUCAUUAUCAUCCUUCACACUUCUGCCCAACUAAUCGCCCAGUGGUAUGCAAUGUUUAAGUACUGUGUGAUGAGAUUCUGUUUUUUGUGCAAAUGACAAUUUAGUAUUAAAACAAUAAAACCUGUUUUUGAU